AUGAGGAAGUCUUCCCUGCUGGCGAUCGCCCUCCUACUUGUAGGGGUGGCCGUGAUGUUCGGUGGCAGCGCUGCCGCUGUUGAUAUGCCCUGGCUUACCGUAAAACAGGGCAACAACCGAUACUUCAUCGCCGACGACCAGGGCCGAGAGCGCGAGCUCGACGACGCUCGUCGCCCCAUUGAUCCGGCUGACUACGACGGCAAGUGCCCCGUGAACAAGGAGGAGUACUACGAACCGCCGGUGUGCCAGGUGGACGCGGGAAAGGGCAUGUACGGGCAGCCCACCGACUUCACGUCAAGCAACGACUUUGCUCAGAUGCGGGCCCUCGGUUUCAAUUUGGUUCGGCUCUGCCUCAACUGGAACCUGUUCGAGCCGCAGCCUGGCAACUACAGCCAGCAGUACCUCGACCGUAUUGCCCAGGUGGUGGGCUGGGCCAAGGAGCAGGGCAUCUACAUCCUCCUGGACAUGCACCAGGACCAGUACUCUCGGUUCAUCUUCGCCGACCAGGCCUUCAACUAUCCUCCCUACCUGCAGCCGCAGGACGGGCAGGACGGCGCUCCCGCCUGGGCCGUCGUGACCGACGGCUGGCCCGCCGUGGCCAUUGACGGGCAGGGACCGCUCAACCUGGCUGUCAUGGCCGCAGUCGACAACUUUUACAACAACCUCGUCAUCCCGGGCCUUCCUCAGGGGGACGCCCCGGGACCUGGCCUGCAGGACCACUUCAUCGGCGCCAUAGCCUUCCUGGCCAAGAGAUUCAAGAACGAGAGCACGGUGGUGGGCUACGAGAUCAUGAACGAGCCGCCUCCGGGCUUCAACUUCGAUCUGAUCGAUUUCUCGAGCUCGCUCCUCUACCCUCUGUAUACGCGGGUCAUUCAGGCCCUCACUGGCGUACGCGACGGCCUCCCCACGUGCCCUUCGUCUCAGCCCAACUCGCGCGACUGCGCUUACCCGUCGCUGGGCGUGGAGGACAACCGCCACCUCAUCUUCUUCGAGCCGAUGGCCAUCCGCAACCAGUUCGACGUCUCCUUCCAGAACUCGGCGCCAUUCACGUCGUACCCCAACCUCGUGUUCUCGCCGCACGUCUACACCCACAUUUUCACCAUUGACCAGGUGCUGGGUCUGCCGGCCACCAACAACAUCUACCCGCCGAGCUACGACUUUGCCUUCACCACUGCGCGCUACGAGGCCAACGCGAUGAAGGCCGCUGUGCUGGUGACCGAGUUCGGAGGCGCGGCGCAUCUGGACAACAUCACCCUGAUCGGUACCAUCGAGGCGCAGGAGAGGAGCCUUGUAGGUUCGACGAUGUGGAGCUGGAAGAGCAACACAGGGACCGACGUAUCGGGAGAGAAGGACAUGUGGUCGGUCUACGCCGGGCCUGUCAUGAUCAACGGCACAAUGCAACCGAGCGGCCCGAUCUUGAAGGCGCGAGAGCGCUUCAUCUCGCGCAUCUACCCGCGAGCCGUGUGGGGCGAGCUGCUCGACUUCUCAUACGACACCGACUACCAGAGCUUCACUAUGAACGCCGUGGCGGACGCUGCGGGAACCACCCUGAUCUACAUCCCGCCGAUCGUGAGCGGAACUGUCAAGAUCGCCGCCAGCGGGGCGGCAGAGGAGCACGACAUGACCGUCAACCCCGACAACAGCAGGUUGGUCAACAUCCGCAUCAGGGGCGCGGGAGCCUAUCAGGUCACUAUCGUACCUGUGGGUGAUGCUGUUCACCCGCUGAAGGCCAAGGAGAUGAGUGUGGAGGGAGCCAGCUUGAUGAAGGAGGUGAUGGGAGCCUACGCCUCCUUGGCGAAGGUCCUGGCUUCGAUCAAGGGCCAGCCUUCCAAGCUUCCCGUACUCCUGGACUUCCUUGCGUCUGAUGCGAUGAAGCCCCUUUGA